GGGAAAUCGAUCAUCGGCCGGCUUGUAACUGUAUAGCUGUGGUGACUAGCAAUAUGGAUUAGCAGUGAUGACUAGCAGAGGUUACUAGCAGUGGUGACUAGCUGUGGUAACUAGCCAUAUGAACUAGCGGUGGGGACUAGCAAUAUGGGCUAAUAGCAGUGGUGACUAGCAGUGGGGACUAACAGUGGUGACUAGCAGUGGGGAUUUCAUAAAUAACAAGAAUGAACGCAAUGGUAAUGUUCAAGCUUCUUCAUGUUGAGGUCGGUAUAUUCUUUUAAAAAAAUAUUUGAAAACAAAUUGUAUGAAAUUUUACGAUUGGCUACAAGCUUCAACUUAACCAGCAAUUAAUCUAAACCAACAGUCUAAACCAACAGUCUAAACCAACAGUCUAAACCAACAAUCUAAACCAACAAUCUAAACCAACAGUCUAAACCAACAAUCUAAACCAACAAUCUAAACCAACAGUCUAAACCAACAAUUUAAACCAACAAUCUAAACCAACAGUCUAAACCGAAAAUGGAAGGGGAAAACACGAUAAUCAUGCAGGCUUUUUAAAAAAUAAGUUUUAAGUUUGGUAGUAAAACACUACUUUUCAUUGUUACAAUUGAAUGCACCCUCUUCUUUCCUCGGAUUUUUCUCUGACUCUAUUUCAUCCACCAAUGACAUUUUUAAAAAAAAAUUAGAACUAUUAUUUUGUACAUCAGAUGUGACCGUGACGCCUCCCCCCUCACCGGCCCACUAGACUGGCCUGGCUCUACCUACCAGCAGCAUGUCGGACUGUAGCAGCAACUCCACCGAUGGACGCGACUCUCCCGUGUUCGCUGCACCCACCACGUCGUCGCCCAUGACCAGCCGCACCAGCAGCCACAGCACCGCAGGCGUCCAGCUGCAGCGCCACUCUGGACACCGUAAGCACAGCGCAGAGCGCACCAGCGUGCACACGCGCACCAUCGUGCACACGCGCAUGGAGGAUGAGGAUGUCCACAAGGAGUACAGCUAUGGCGAGAUUCUGGGGGAAGGUUCAUUCGGCAAAGUGUAUCGAGCUCAGCAGCUGCGGACAGGGGAGACUGUCGCCAUCAAGGAGAUUGUCAAAGAAAAGGUCAGUGCUUGUUAUAUACAUGGACAUCUUUGUAAAAGGUAAACUCUGAUCAUCUGUGUCUUUGGAGGGUACUCUAGCACUAUUUCUCUGGAAGGUACUCUAGUCCUAUGUCUUUGGAAGGUAUUUUAGUACUGUCUUUUUGACAGGUACUCUAGUCUAGCAAUAUAUCUUUGAUUGGUAUAGUCUAGCACUAUGUUUUAAAAGUUACCCUGGCACUGUCUUUGACAGGUACUCUAGCCCUAUGUCUUUCAGGCGUACUUAAGCACUGUCUUUGACAGGUACUCUAGUCCUAUGUCUUUCAGGCGUACUUGAGCACUGUCUUAGGAAGGUAGUCAAGCAAAAUGACUUUGGAAAGUACUAUAGUCUUAUUUCUUGGGAAUGUAUUCUAGACGCACAUAUUUGGAAGGUAUUCUAGUAGCAUGUAUUUGGACGGUACUCUAGUUCUAUCUUUGGAAGGUACUCUAGUUAUAUCUUUGUAAGGUACUGUACAGGGCCGGCCUUAGGCCACUGCAACCUAUGCAGCCGCAGUGGGCCCCGCAAUUUAUUUUCUAAUACAAAAUCUUAAUUUUCACGUAUUAUCCUUAUCCCUACCCAGACUAGGCCCCGCGCAAUCCAUUUCGCAUAGGGCCCCGCAAUAGUUAGGGCCGGCCCUGGUAUUGUAGCUCUAUUGUUGGAAUGUACUCUAGCUCUUUGUUUGGAAUGUACUCUAGCUCUUUGUUUGGAAAGUUAGUCUGGUCUUUAACUUUGAAAGCUUAUUUUUUUUGUAUUAUGUUUUUCAAGGUAUGCUUGAAACGUAAUUGUUCAUAAAUAAUCUAACUCUGAGGGAGAGAGAGACACCCAAUGAUGGUGUGACCAGCUUACCACAGCCAUAGAGACACCCAAUGAUGGUGUGACCAGCUUACCACAGCCAUGUAUUUACGGUCAAGUGUGUGUAAACCGGACUACUCCUUAUUGUAUUCAUGCUCAAGGGCGUCUAGUCCUGACUACUCCUUAUUGUAUUCAUGCUCAAUGGCGUCUAGUCCUGACUACUCCUUAUUGUAUUCAUGCUCAAGGGCGUCUAGUCCUGACUACUCCUUAUUGUAUUCAUGCUCAAUGGACCUAAGAUUCGUGGAUUGUUCACAUCAGAUUGUAGGAGGAACUUCUUUUUUUAAACCGGACUUGGGGGUUCUUGAAUUUUCUUCGACCUUGGAUAACAGUUUAUUUUUGCAUCUGUCUAUUUUAAGAUAUUAAUUGAAAUAAGAGUUCUAAAAACAUUGUAUAAGAGUCCUAAAAACAUUGUAUAAGAGUCCUAAAAACAUUGUAUAAGAGUCCUAAAAACAUUGUAUAAGAGUCCUAAAAACAUUGUAUAAGAGUCUUAAAAACAUUGUAUAAGUGUCCUGAAAACAUUGUAUAAGAGUCCUAAAAACAUUGUAUAAGAGUCAUAAAAACAUUGUAUAAGAGUCCUAAAAACAUUGUAUAAGAGUUCUAAAAACAUUUUAUAAGUGUCCUAAAAACAUUCUAUAAGAGUCCUAAAAACAUUGUAUAAGAGUCCUAAAAACAUUGUAUAAGUGUCCUGAAAAACGUUCGAUUUAAAAAUAGUUCUUUCCAUGAAUUUGUUUAAUGACAAGCGAAGUGUCGCACUUUCUGGUGAACAUUUUCCCUUUUAUUUCUGCAUUUUCUGUGUUUCUACAUUUCAUAAGAUGUUCGUUUUAGUUAUAGAAAGAAAAAGUUUGUUAAAAACGAGUAAACCAGAUCAAAAAUCUCAUUCAAAGUUCAUUCCUGAGGAUACAGUGUAAAGUUUGAGAUGAACAGAACCUACUCCUAACACUACGAUCAACCGACUUCAUGACUCUGUUCUUAACACAUGACCUUGUUGUCGGGGUUUAACCACUUGGACUAGACUUACGUAGUUGCGUCCACAACACUCUCUCAAAACACCAGUGUUUAACCUCUUGGGUCAGAGUUACAUAGUUACAUCCACAACACUCUCUCUUAACACCUGUAACAUAAUCAGUCCAUUCAAUUUAAACCAUAGCACGCCUGCCAGUCUGGGGCAACUCACGGGGCAUGUACUAUUCGGGUGUGCCGAUGUCUGGGCAACUCACAGGGGAUCUACUUCUCAGCUGUGCCGAUGUCAAGGGUUAAUGGUGACAAAACAAUCGCGGUUUGUUUGGUCCCCAUUUUGCACUGGUUGAGAUCCUUUAAGCUUUCAAUAUUUAUGGAACUUUGGAGGGACAAAUUGAGGGACGGUUGGGGGGGGGGCUGCUUGCUAGUUGAUUUCAGAUUCAGUUUCAGGUUAUAUUUUAAUGAUGUCAAUACCUGUUUACCUUUACAGGUAACUGUUGCAUUUGAAUGUGCAAAACCCAUGAAAUGUCGCCUUUACGGCGUCUAGUUUAGCCGUGUAGUUGACAAAGAGAGCUUUUCAGCGCCUCUUUAAUUAAGUGUGGUACGGACUCAAUGGACCGAAUGAGACGUUCACAAUAGCUCUGUAAGCCAUUGGGUCUUUUAUAUCUAUGUUUAGCGACUACAGACCCUCUUAAUGGAAUGCCCAGUAUGUCCCCAUAUCCCCUUUGAUUAGACUGCUGAAAGACUAUAUGUCUGUAGACGCGUUCAAAGAGCCAGUCCGUAUGCACACAUGGUUUGGUUCACAUACCCCCUCCCCUCCCCUGAAGAGGUCAUUUGACACGUUGCAUUAGGCGCUACCGAAAUUUGAGGCACGUGCUAAGGUGCUAAUCAGGUCAAUGUUGAUUACAUCACUUUAAAAAGGUCUUGCUGAAUUGUCAAUGUUAAUUUCAUUACUUUAGGAAGGUCUUGCUGAAUUGCCAAUUUUAACUACAUUACUUUAAAAAGUUCUUGCUAAAUUGUUAAUUGGCACACCUUUGGGAAGGUCUUGUCUGAGCUGUCAAUGUUACUUUCAUUACUUUGUUAAGGUCUUUAUCUGAAUUGCCAAUGCUACCAAGUUACUUUGGUAAGGUGCCCGCCUGAGUUGUGCGUGCUUCAUGUUACGUCUCAUGGCCCCAAAAAAUCCCUGUGUCUUCAAAUUGAACAGAUCGAUACAUUAAUGAAAUAUUUGACCAAUCAAUCGCAACCCAACAUGAAGUGUCAACACAUCAUGGAGUGUCAACACAGUAUGAAGUGUCAACACAACAUGAAGUGUCAACACAACAUGAAGUGUCAACACAACAUGAAGUGUCAACACAGAAUGGAGUGUCAACACAGCAUGGAGUGUCAACACAGCAUGGAGUGUCAACAAACAUGAAGUGUCAACACAACAUGAAGUGUCAACACAACAUGAAGUGGCAACACAGCAUGAAGUGGCAACACAGCAUGGAGUGUCAACACAGCAUGGAGUGUCAACACAGCAUGGAGUGUCAACACAGCAUGGAGUGUCAACACAGCAUGGAGUGUCAACACAGCAUGGAGUGUCAACACAGCAUGAAGUGUCAACACAACAUGAAGUGUCAACACAGAAUGGAGUGUCAACACAGCAUGGAGUGUCAACACAGCAUGAAGUGUCAACACAGUAUGAAGUGUCAGCACAACAUGAAGUGUCAACACAACAUGAAGUGUCAACACAGCAUGGAGUGUCAACACAGCAUGGAGUGUCAACACAGCAUGAAGUGUCAACACAGCAUGAAGUGUCAACACAGCAUGAAGUGUCAACACAGCAUGAAGUGUCGAAACACUGCAUGAAGUGUCAACACAGCAUGAAGUGUCGAAACACUGCAUGAAGUUUCGUUUUGUUUGGAACUGAUCCGAGGGCAGUCGAGAUUGUCAUUCUAGGAUUGGCCUGGUGAGCCACUCGUUGAAAUGUAGGACUACAUAGCUACUCCAUCGUCUCGCGAAGACGGAAGGAUGCCAUAUAUAUCCGAGGGCAUUAGCAGGAUGCGCCGUGAGCUACAGUGGCUCUCUAAGUCCUGCUACAAUGGUUCUCCAAAUCCUACAACAGUUGUUCUCCAAGCUCUGCUACAUUCGUUCUCCAUGACAUGCAAAAGUGGUUCUCCAAGCCCUGCUUAAAAUAGUUCACCAGGCUCUGCUACAGUGCUUCUCAAAGCCCUGCUAAAGUGCUUCUAAAAUCCAUGCUACAGUAAUUCUCCAAGCCCUGCUAAAGUAGUUCACCAGGCUCUGCUGCAGUGCUUUUCAAAGCCCUGCUAAAGUGCUUCUAAAAGCCAUGCUAAAGUAAUUCACCAAGCCCUGCUACAGUUGAUCUCCAGGCCAUGCUACAGUGGUUCUCUGGGAGAGAUACAAGAGUUUUCGUUGUCUUAAUGUCUUUCAGGGCCUCGUGGCAUGAUGAGUUUAAAUCGUGCCCACUUCAGUGGUUCUCAUUUGUUUGUAGUUAUAUUUAAUAAAGAUAAAGAUGGUCAACUUCAGACCAACGUAAUUCACUAUUCAUACCAAAAAUGAAUCUCUCAGCAUGUUAACAUCUACCAUGAUAGUAGGUCAUCAUGACAUCUACCAUCAUAGUAGGUCAUCAUGACAUCUACCAUAUAGUCGGGAGGCGAUGUCAGGUUGGUGAGAUGACCCAGACUUUUUGGAACAAAACAAAAAACUUAUUUCUAUAAUUGCAUAUCCCCGGAUGCGAAAAUUUGUGCACAAUUGAAGCGUGGUGAAGCAUUGAGAGGUAGUGAAGAGCUGCAAAAUACUAAGAUCCCUUUCCAUGGAUAUUGUACCUGUAAGUUACCUGGGUGUACAUGUAAGUUACGGGGUGUACUUAUAAAUUACCUCGGUGUACCUGUAAGUUACCUGGGUUUACCUAUAAAUUUCCUGGGUGUACAUGUAAGUUACCUGUAUGCACCUGUAAGUUACCUGUAUGUACCUGUAAGUUACCUGGGUGUACCUGUAAGUUACUUGGGUGUUCCUGUAAGUUACUUGAAUGUACCUGUAAGUUACCUGGGUGUACAUGUAAGUUACUUGGGUGUACCUGUAAGUUACCUGGGUGUGCCUGUAAGUUACUUGUGUGUACAUGUAAGUUACUUGUGUGUACAUGUAAGUUACCUGGGUAUGCCUGUAAGUUACUUGGGUGUUCCUGUAAGUUACUUGGGUGUACAUGUAAGUUACCUGGAAAAUAUUAGUUUGAGCUCAUCUGUUCCAUGGUUGCUGUUAGCUAAAUGUUUGCAAGUUUUCUCAUCUUGUUUGCUAUCGUCGCCAUGCGAUCGUCCCCGUGCAUAAACCCUUUGAGAACCCUUUGAUAUCGUCUUAUUUAUGACUUUGGGCAAUUCAAAAAAUGACAGUUUGAACGCGUGUUGCCCAGCUAGGGGCACUGCCUUCAAUAUGGACACGCCCGAAAAAUGGUUGAUAUUUGACACGCACUUUCGACCACCUUUUGUUGAACAUGCUGCACCUACACCCAGGUCCUACAUUUAUUUAACAUAACGUUGUACUAUUGAUUGGCAGAUUUAGAAGAGGCAGACAUGUUGGAAUUUAUUUACGCUGCACAUCAGAGAUUCUCAGCCUUCCUAAUGCUGCGACCCUUUCAUGCAGUUCUUCAUGUUGUGGUAGCCCCAACCAUAAAAUUAUGUUCGUUGCUGCUUCAUAAAUUAUGUCGUUUUCCGAUGGUCUUGGAGGACAUGGCUAUAAACUGUUUUGUUUUAGAGAUUAUGGUGCUCAUACAGCUAAAUAUAAUUCUUAGAAAUUAUGAUGCUCACACAGGUAUGAACAGUUUUGUCUUAGAGAUUAUGAUGUUUAUGUUGUAAUGAACUUCAGUUGGGCUCACUCUAAUAUCGGGUCAGCCAUGAUACUAUCCACUACGUCAUGUAUGAUUGUCAUGAGAUUCGAUAUCAUUAACUUGUAAGCUACAAAUCCAUGUGAUUUAAGCAUUAGUAAACAUUGCCAUGUUUGGUUGAUUGUAUUGAUUUUAUUGAGUGUAUUGAUUAUAGGCUGGGAGUUCAGGCUUAAGGCAACUGGAAAAAGAAGUUUCCAUAUUCAAGAAAGUAGACCAUAAAAACAUCAUCAAUUUGAAAGAAGUCAUUGAAUCACCCAAGGUAAUAUGUAGUAUAGUCAUCAUAUCCCAACUGUAUGUAACAUAAACCCAUCAUAUCCCAACUGUAACAUAAACUCAUCAUAUCCCAACUGUAACAUAAACUCAUCAUAUCCCACCUGUAACAUAAACUCAUCAUAUCCCAACUGUAACUUAAAUGCAUCAUAGCCCAACUGUAACAUAAACUCAUCAUAUCCCAACUGUAUGUAACAUUAACUCAUCAUAUCCCAACUGUAACUUAAAUGCAUCAUAGCCCAACUGUAACAAAAACUCAUCAUAUCCCAACUGUAACAUAAACUCACCAUAUCCUAACUGUAACAUAAACUUAUCAUAUCCCAGCUGUAAAAUAAACUCAUCAUAUCCCAACUGUAACAUUAAGUCAUCAUAUCCCAACUGUAUGUAACAUAAACUCAUCAUAUUUCAACUGUAACAUAAACUCAUCAUAUCCCAACUGUAACAUAAACUCAUCAUAUCCCAACUGUAACAUAAACUCAUCAUAUCCCAACUGUAACAUAAAGUCAUCAUAUCCCAACUGUAUGUAACAUAAACUCAUCAUAUUUCAACUGUAACAUAAACUCAUCAUAGCCCAACUGUAACAAAAACUCAUCAUAUCCCAACUGUAACAUAAACUCAUCAUAUCUCAACUGUAACAUAAACUCAUCAUAUCCCACCUGUAACAUAAACUCAUCAUAUCCCAACUGUAACUUAAAUGCAUCAUAGCCCAACUGUAACAUAAACUCAUCAUAUCCCAACUGUAUGUAACAUUAACUCAUCAUAUCCCAACUGUAACUUAAAUGCAUCAUAGCCCAACUGUAACAAAAACUCAUCAUAUCCCAACUGUAACAUAAACCCAUCAUAUCUCAACUGUAACAUAAACUCAUCUUAUCCCAGCUGUAAAAUAAACUCAUCAUAUUUCAACUGUAACACAAACUCAUCAUAUCCCAACUGUAUGUAACAUUAACCCAUCAUAUCCCAACUUUAUGCCACAUAAACUUAGAAUAUGCCAACUAUAUGUAACAUAACUCAUCAUAACCCAACUAUAUGCAACAUAAACUUAGCAUGUUCCAACUGAAUGUAAUAAAAAUUCCUCUAGAACUGUAUUGCAAAAUCAUCUACUAGGCUUACAAUAUCAAAUAUCACAUCAUAUUUGUAUUCUAGAUGUAGUAAUAGUUGUUUUUUUAAUCAGUAUUGAAAUGAUCUGGAUCUGUUUUUGAUAUACAGAAAAUGUACCUGAUCAUGGAAUUGUGUAAGGGAGGAGACCUGGCACGUUUGUUAAAAAAACUUGGACACUUGAUUGAAGAAGAUACCAAAGUGAUCAUGUCCAGUUUGGCUGAAGCCAUUAAGUAUUUGCAUCAACAAGGUGGGUGCUUGAGCAAAAUUAAGGCAUGGCUGUUUCACACAGGCACAGUUUAAAGAUGCUUGUAAGGCAAUUUUUUAAACAUCCUGUAACAAUAUAUCUUCCAAUGGCACUUUUCCAGAUUUAUUCAAAUUUAGAAGUCGGCCGCUUUUAAAAAAUUAUCAAUUUAGAUAUUUCCCUUGAAAAAUAAAGGCCAUUGGAUUCUAUGGAUUAAAACCCAAGGUUACAAAUUUUUUUACCACAGAUAUAAAGUAACCACUCAAACGAACAUACUUUUAACAUAAAAAAUUGAAUCUUGAAAAAGGGGUUUCAGAAUCUUGAAAAUUGGUCUCUGGAUUUAGAUUAGGGGUCUCUUAAUCUUGAAUAGUGGUCUCAAGUCUUUGUUUUAGAAACCUCUUAUUUUAUGUAUUUUAAGAAAUCUAAGUAUACAACAAAUCUAUUUGAUGCUUAAUGUAUAUCUAUUUGUGAACAAUGAUUCUCAGAGUGGUCUGUUCAUGUACAAAUAGAUUUAUUCCAAACCCAUUUCCUUCAGGAAUUCUUCACAGAGAUUUGAAGCUUGAAAAUAUUUUGUUAGCAGAUGAACCUACAGGCACAAACAGCAUUCUGAUUAAGGUAAACAUUUGGUCAUUUGGGAUGACUUUACCAUGUCCAAAUAUCAAACUGUUGUGCAUAAUUCAGAUGACACAUAGAGAUGUCAUUGGCUAACACUAUUCUAUAUUAAAUGCAAUAUUUUUUGCCACUGUCAGUGCUUCAUUUUUGGAACGUCUGCCAUUUACAAUCUUUUCUAUUUUUAUCGAUAUGUGACAUUUUUACAGAACAUUUAUUCCCAUCUCUCUCUUUGUCUUUGUCAAGAGAUGGUCUACCUGUUUUCUGUGGCUCUGUGUAUUUCAUGACAGCGCCUGGCGAGAAUUAUUUCUCUUUAACUUGCUCCCUGAAUGGCCAUUCAAUCCAUUUUUUCUGUUCCACAAUAUCCAUUUUUUCUGCUCCACAAAAUCUAUUUUUCUGCUCCACAAUAUCCAUUUUUCUGUUCCACAAUAUCCAUUUUUUCUGUUCCACAAUAUACAUUUUUUAUGUUCCACAACAUUCAUAUUUUUUUUUAAACUUUCCCACAUUACUGAAUAUAGGAUGCAGUCUGUCCCUCAUAAUUAAGAAUCCUGAGCAAAAUUUUCUUAUUAUAAAAAGACAUGGCUGUCCCAUUCAGAGUAAAGCAUGGCUGUCCCAUUCAGAGUAAAGCACGGCUGUCCCAUUCAGAGUAAAGCACGGCUGUCCCAUUCAGAGUAAACCAUGGCUGUCCCAUUCAGAGUAAACCAUGGCUGUCCCAUUCAGAGUAAACCAUGUGCAAUUUUUCAAACAUAUACCUUUUAAUAUCUAUCAAAACUCAGACACUUCAAUUUCUAUAUUUAAAAAAAGGAUUAAAAAUGUGUUCAGAUUGUAUUGUGUUGUUGUUCUGGUAUCAAUCAUCAUGAGAUAUCAGGUUAAUGUAAACAUUUCCUAACCUAUCUAACUCCACAUUUUUCUAAAUUUAGAUAAGUUAAAGGUAAAAGGUUUAUGGAAAUCCAUCCCAAUUGUUAAAUAUUCAUUAUGAAUUUUUGAAGUUUUAGUGUUACAUGUUUAAGCCUUAAAGGCUAAAGCUUUGAAUAUAUUACCUUAUUUUUUUUCAAAAAAGGAAUCAGGGAUAUUUAUGUAAGCUACCCUCCCCCGCCUCCCCCCCAACGCACCCCCCUUCCACCUUUUUUAGUGCCUCUAAUUUUUCCAGAAUCUGACAUUUUACUAUUUAAAUCAAUUGUUUUAUUUAAUUUUUUAAACCAGGUGUCAGAUUUUGGCUUGUCGACUCAACAAGCAAACAAUUCAUUUGAAAGCAUGCAAGAGCAAUACUGUGGCACACCCUCGUACAUGGGUAUGACCGUGCAAUCUGACAAGAUCUUAUAUAAAUAUAUCUGUGUACAUCUGUCAUCUUAGAGUAUAUAUAUGUACAUCUAAUACAUUAUAUCAUGUCUAAUCUAUGCACAUCUAUUAUGUUCCAACAUUUCUUCAUCUAUGUACAUAGAAUAAACUCUUACAUGUCUAAAUCUAUGCACAUAGAAUAAACUCUUACAUGUCUUCAUCUAUGUACAUAGAAUAAACUCUUACAUGUCUAAAUAUGUAGAUAGAAUAAACUCUUACAUGUCUAAAUCUAUGUACAUAUAAUAAACUCUUACAUGUCUAAAUCUAUGCACAUAGAAUAAACUAUACAUGUCUAAAUCUAUGUACAUAUAAUAAACUCUUACAAGUCUAAAUCUAUGUACAUGUAAAUGGACUAUAAUGGACCAGAAGCAAACUGUCUAAAUGCAACUGCCCAUUACCUGUAACCUAUAAGUAGCAUCAAGUUGUUGACAUAAUUCAAUUUGACCCCACAAAAUGACUUAUUUUCCUUCCAUCUGCUCACCAGCUCCAGAGAUGAACUCCACCUAUUCCUACCCAGUGGAUGUAUGGGCCAUGGGAGUCAUCAUGUAUUACUUGUAAGCUAAAAACUUUUUUUUUUUUGCUUUCCAAUUAUUUGAUGAUCACCUGAUCCUGUUUCCUUUAUAUGGCAUUCAUGUACUACCUGUAUGUCACCUGUUUCCUCUAUAUGGCAUUCAUGUACUACCUGUAUGUCACCUGUUUCCUCUAUAUGGCAUUCAUGUACUACCUGUAUGUCACCUGUUUCCUCUAUAUGGCAUUCAUGUACUACCUGUAUGUCACCUGUUUCCUCUAUAUGGCAUUCAUGUACUACCUGUAUGUCACCUGUUUCCUCUAUAUGGCAUUCAUGUACUACCUGUAUGUCACCUGUUUCCUUUAUAUGGCAUUCAUGUACUACCUGUAUGUCACCUGUUUCCUUUAUAUGGCAUUCAUGUACUACCUGUAUGUCACCUGUUUCCUUUAUAUGGCAUUCAUGUACUACCUGUAUGUCACCUGUUUCCUCUAUAUGGCAUUCAUGUACUACCUGUAUGUCACCUGUUUCCUCUAUAUGGCAUUCAUGUACUACCUGUAUGUCACCUGUUUCCUCUAUAUGGCAUUCAUGUACUACCUGUAUGUCACCUGUUUCCUUUAUAUGGCAUUCAUGUACUACCUGUAUGUCACCUGUUUCCUUUAUAUGGCAUUCAUGUACUACCUGUAUGUCACCUGUUUCCUUUAUAUGGCAUUCAUGUACUACCUGUAUGUCACCUGUUUCCUUUAUAUGGCAUUCAUGUACUACCUGUAUGUCACCUGUUUCCUUUAUAUGGCAUUCAUGAACUACCUGUAUGUCACCUGUUUCCUUUAUAUGGCAUUCAUGUACUACCUGUCUGUCACCUGUUUCCUUUAUAUGGCAUUCAUGCACUACCUGUAUGUCACCUGUUUACUUUAUAUGGCAUUCUUGUACCACCUGUAUAUCACCUGUUUCCUCUAAAUGGCAUUCAUGUACUCCCUUCAUGUCACCUGUUUCUCUAUAUGGCAUGAAUGUACUCCCUUCAUGUCACCUGUUUCCUCUAUAUGGCAUUAAGGUGCUAAUUGUAUGUUACCUGUUUCCUCUGUAUGACAUUCAGGUGUGUCAAAGGUAUUCUAGAAUUUUACUGUAGACACAUUCUUAAAGAGAUUCUGUUACAAUACUAAAAGACAUGUUUGUCAAAGAGACUUUUUAACUUUACUGUAGACACAUGUGUGUCAAAGAGAUUAUGUAACUUUAUUUUAGACACUUUCUUAAAGAGUUAACCGGUCCAUGUUAUCACCACAUGAAUUGAAUUAUUAGCAGAAAUUAACAUGAGUGACCCCUCUUUAAUGGUGUCAUUCUUACAUGAGUGUCCUCUAUCUAAUGGUGUCAUUCUUACAUGAGUGUCCUCUAUCUAAUGGUGCCAUUCUUACAUGAGUGUCCUAUAUCUAAUGGUGUCAUUCUAACAUGAGUGUCCUCUAUCUAAUGGUGUCAUUCUAACAUGAGUGUCCUCUAUCUAAUGGUGUCAUUCUAACAUGAGUGUCCUCUAUCUAAUGGUGUCAUUCUUACAAUAUUUUCUCUUAAGAUUAUUCUUUUAUUUCUUAUGAGGGUUCAGUUAUGUACGUUGUUGCUAAUUAAGUAUCUUGUUAUUGUGUACAGUAGCUAAAACAACACCAGGACCCUGGGUGGAGGCCAUCUCAUUAACUGUGGAAGGCUGCUCAUUAACUGUGGAGGCCAUCUCAUUAACUGUGGAGGGCAUCUCAUUAACUGUGGAGGGCAUCUCAUUAACUGUUGAGGGCAGCUCAUUCACUGUGGAGGGCAUCUCAUUCACUGUGGAGGGGAUCUCAUUAACUGUAGAGGGCAUCUCAUUAACUGUGGAGGGCAUCUCAUUAACUGUGGAGGGCAUCUCAUUAACUGUGGAGGGCAUCUCAUUAACUGUUAACAGUGGAGGGCAGCUCAUUAACUGUUGAGGGCAGCCCAUUCGCUUUUGAUGGAACUCAUUAAUUGUGGAUGGAAACUCAUUAACUGAAGAGGGAACUCAUCAAAGAAAAGGAAAACUUUGAAUGAAAACCAUUGGAUGGAGGAGACCUGUGGGUCGUAUGACAUUAAAUAAUGAUAAACCAGAAUUCCUGCGAUGCCACUGGUACCAAGCUUUAUCCACACAUGAUGUUCCCUUGUGUUCACCAGAUGCUUGGAGAGAGGACACUUGCUGUCAAGGCAACCAGCUUAUCCUCCUGAACAAAAUCCCAGGCCUUGUGAUUUCAUCCUGCAAAAUUUGCACCAUAGUCACAUUGUGACCGAUGCACCAUAGUCACAUUGUGACCAAUGUGCCAUAGACACAAUGUGACCAAUGCACCAUAGUCACAUUGUGACCGAUGCACCAUAGUCACAUUGUGACCGAUGCACCAUAGUCACAUUGUGACCAAUGCACCAUAGUCACAGUGUGACCAAUGCACCAUAGUCACAUUGUGACCAAUGUGCCAUAGACACAAUGUGACCAAUGCACCAUAGUCACAUUGUGACCGAUGCACCAUAGUCACAGUGUGACCAAUGCACCAUAGUCACAGUGUGACCAAUGCACCAUAGUCACAUUGUGACCAAUGCACCAUAGUCACAUUGUGACCGAUGCGCCAUAGACACAUUGUGACCGAUGCACCAUAGUCACAUUGUGACCGAUGCACCAUAGUCACAUUGUGACCGAUGCGCCAUAGACACAUUGUGACCGAUGCACCAUAGUCACAUUGUGACCGAUGCACCAUAGUCACAUUGUGACCGAUGCGCCAUAAACACAUUGUGACCGAUGCACCAUAGUCACAUUGUGACCGAUGCACCAUAGUCACAUUGUGACCGAUGCACCAUAGUCACAUUGUGACCGAUGCACCAUAGUCACAUUGUGACCGAUGCACCAUAGUCACAUUGUGACCGAUGCACCAUAGUCACAUUGUGACCGAUGCACCAUAGUCACAUUGUGACCGAUGCACCAUAGUCACAUUGUGACCGAUGCACCAUAGUCACAUUGUGACCGAUGCACCAUAGUCACAUUGUGACCGAUGCACCAUAGUCACAUUGUGACCGAUGCACCAUAGUCACAUUGUGACCGAUGCACCAUAGUCACAUUGUGACCGAUGCACCAUAGUCACAUUGUGACCGAUGCACCAUAGUCACAUUGUGACCAAUGCGCCAUAGACACAUUGUGACCGAUGAAUUCAAAAAAAAAAUUAUGUAGCUUUGUCUUCUUGAUAUGUCAUAUCUUCAUAUCUUUUUUUUCUGGGAUUUUAUUCUUAUCGCCUGCUGUGGCUCUUGCUGUUAAACUUAACAUCCUUACACCUUCAAAUAGGUUUAUUUCUUUAAAUCAAAGUCAUUAGCUUUAAACUGAGUUGUUUUCACUAGUAUUAUAUGUCUCCACAGACUUACUCAAUAUCCUAAGGAUAAUGAGCUGAAUGAGUCCAUAUCCCAAGAUGGGCCCAAAUUUGAAGAGCCUCAGUGGAAGAAUAUCAGCGAUCAAGGUUUGUGUACCAGAUGUUUGUGCGUUCCUUGUUAAUCACUCAUAACAGCUUGGCUGGCAUUCUUCAUUCAGGGCUUCUCACUUCUCUAGUUAUCUACCUGUUCAUUCAGGGCUUCACACUUCUCUCAUUAUCGACCUGUUCAUUCAAAUCAGUUUAAUUUUGAAAAAUAGUAUAUACCAUAAAUUUAUUUGUUAUUAGACAUCAAGUAAAGUUUUUAUAAAAUCAUUCUUACAUGUGUAAAUGUUUUUAAAAUCCUGUGAAGUGGAAAACAAAGUCUUGUUAGAACAGAGGAAAGAGAAUUCCUUUCAAAGCUAAGAGAAUUAAAAGAAUUAUUUUUUCCUGCAAAAAAAUUAAAAAUUGGCCUUUGCAUUGUGCCAUGUUACCCAACAAACUGUACAGUGAGUUUCCACUAGACCAAAAUGUGAGAAGCACUGAGCUUAUAGAUCUUGUUUGAAAUGCAUUUUUAUAUUUUGCCACUGAUUUUUUUUUUUUUAAAUCACUUGUGUAUCUUUAUAUAUUUUAAUAUUGCAUUGUAUUUCAUGCUAUAACUAUAACAAUGUGAUAAAUGACAAACAUAGCUAUACAUCAAUCUUCACGACAAACAUAGCUAUACAUCAAUCUUCAUGAAGCAAUGAGUUUGAUCCCUGUAAUUAGAAAUGUGUUGUUUUGUUGGCUUUGUACAACAUGUUUAAAGGGAAUCAUUGAGAGAUCCAAUCAUUGAGAGAUCCAAUCAUUGAGAGAUCUAAUCAUUGAGAGAUCAAAUCAUUGAGAGAUCCAAUAUGCCGAAGGCGGUCAGUCUCACACUCUUAGGAUCUUAAAUUUCUUGUGUGCAAUGAGUCUCGCAAGUUUACUGGGUGUUUAUAUUUAGUCUGAUGAAGACCAGGUCGGGUCUUAGGACACUUUGCAUAUUGGCCUUUUCCUUCAACUGACAUUGAAAAAAAAGCUAAUGGAUGACAAGUUUUUAAUCUGACCUACUGGCUGCCAUGGUUCAUCUGUUCAAAGUAUUACACUGGAAGUCAGUCUAGUUUUUUUUAAAACCUUUUCAUGUGAUGACCACCUUAAACCAAUGACAAUUCCGUCUUGCCUCUCUCCAUCACUCAUCACCAUCAUUGUUUGGAAUAAAUGAUAGCCCACAAUAAGAUUUUAUUUUUCAUUAAUUGGCCAACCAAUUGAAUAGGAAUUAAUGACAUCACAAUUCAAAUAAUAAUGUUUAAUAAUAAAAUAAUUUUAAACAAUUUGCUGUCACUAACAAAUGAAAAAAGUUGAAAUUUCCAAAAUUGUUAUUUGACCGGCAUAAUAAUACUUUGAGGUUCAUAAAUUCUAGUUCGUGAACCACUGUUAACUUGAGGAUUUGAAAUAGAAGGUACCCAUUUUUUAUGCUGUUGAAUUAUUAGUCCCAAAGGAGUCUUACUAAUCUGGUAGGAGAUAAUCAUCUUACACAAGUGCUAUUAGGAAUGAGACUUUGAAUCAUGACCGAGUCAAAUAUCUUUCUGCGGCCAAUGUCCCAUGUACUGCUGAUGUCAAAUUUGUUGCUAAUGUCCCAUGUACUGCUGAUGUCAAAUUUGUUGCUAAUGUCCCAUGUACUGCCAAUGUCCGAUUUACUGCCGAUGACACAUGUACUGCCUCACUGCCAAGUUUUUCCUGGCAUGCUUUAGCUAGCCUUAGCCUCACGGGGUAGUAGUGUUUAUUGUGUGAAUCACAUUUCAGCUAAAGACCUUCUCCGAGCCAUGUUAAACAAAGAUCCCGCCCACAGAUUAUCAUCUGGUGAAGUGCUGGGCCAUGAGUGGUUCACGGUAAGAUAAAAUUUUCAUCUUAUUGUAGCACUCUUGGUGUUUCAAAGGUACGUUCACACUGUAGAUGUGUUACUGACUUUCUCUGAUUUUUUCAACCAUGUGCUAUUUACUGUAACAAAAACGGGAUAACUAGUUUCCAUUUCACCGGUUUGUUGAGAGUUGCGCAUUUUGUCAGCUGGCAACUUGCAGACACAGUGCCAUCAUAUUUUUAUCAAUGUGCAUGUGUUGUCAUUAGCUGUUUACAAUUUUAAAUUUUACAUUGUGUUCAGUAGUAGCCCUACCGGUGGGUAUAUUUUAUAGAUGGAAGAUUAAAAUUUGUUUGAUUUUAUUGGAGCGGGCAAGAAAAGAAAAGAUUUUAGAGGAACUAUUGAUAAGUUGAAAUUUUUUUGUGUGUUAAUUUUACUUUUUAAUUGUGGGUGGUUAUUAGUAAAAUUAAAUAAAAAGAAAAAAUCCAAUUUAUUUACUUAAGAGCCCCAUCAGCUGCAGGUUGCAGGACCAUUGAGCUUGAACAUAGAUUUAAAAUAGAUAUAAACAAAAGUUCUGCAUCAGAUCCCAUUGCUGUGCCAGCUCAGUGUCAACCCCUAUGAGGGAUUUCUGUGUCAGUGGAUUCUCAACAUGGAUUUACCACUGGGAUUUGUGAUGGCAACAAAUCCACAGUUUGAACGUACCUUUACAGCAUUAUAUGUUAGAUAGUAUGUUUUUUUAGAAUAGUUUUUCAUAUUUAAAGUAAAUAAAUUAAAUUAUGUAAAUCUUGAAAUCUUUAGAAUUAAAGAGUUUAUUUGGAAGUGGAAGACGUAUUUAUUUAUAGCACCUAUAAAUUAUUAAUCAAUCUCAAAAUAAAAAAUAAUUAAUAUUUCUGUUAAUUUUAACCUUGUAACCUGAACUAUUUCUAACAAAUCUCUUAGCACUUAAAAUUAUCCAAUUUUGAUUUUAUCCAAAGGUUUAUAGCCAAUAGGAUACUCUAAAUGACCAAUCACAUGAUCAAAAGGGGUGUAAUAGUUAAUUAUAAAAACGAUUUUAAAGCAAUAAUAGAUUUUUUCCAAAAGGUAUCAUUUCACUCUACCUUUACCUACUCAUACCACCAACUGCAAUUCCUAUACAGUCGAACCCAUAUAUCUUGACCUUGGUUAACUCACCAACCCUACUAAAUCGACGUUUUUAAAGUGGAUCCACCAAUUUUCUCUCUCUGUAUCUUACCAUUUUCUCAUCAGUUAUGUCGAUUCUUUUAUGUGCCGAACCCUAAUAUCUCGAGCACAGUUUGCCACUUACUGUCAGUUAUCUUGAUCUCCAUGAGCAAUCGCCGGCUUUUGAACUCCAUAAGAAGAAAUAGCAAACAUCAAAUAAACAAGAUUUGCAUAAUUUAAAGCUCAUGAAAUUCAUACACUGUAGAAAUAAUUUCUUGUGCAAUGAUUACAUCAUGUAUGCAUAUAUUUAUCAACAAUAUCGUUGUCCGCGCAAGUAACUUGACACAGCAAGGAGCAAGAUGCUUACAAACAAAAGUGAGAGGCUUGCAAACAAAAGCAAGAAAAUGCAGUACCUGUUCUAUUUUUUGCGAACCCGCUUCUCACUGAAUAGGCUUUCACGCAUUCUUACACAUUGAUUUUUUUUUUAACCCAGAAUCUGUAGUUGAAUAAUCUGGAAAAGUGGCACCCCCCCCUACAAGUGUAUGUAAAUUCUCAUUUAUAAACGCAUAUCAUGUAUGUAAAGAAAUUUCAAGCACAUGUUAAUAUAUUGCCACCUUAUUGGUUUUCGUUUAUCUCAAUGAUCGGCUAUCUGGACGCUUUUUGGCAAACCCCUAGGCCUGCGACAUAACGGGGUUCGACUGUACAUCUAUCUUGCUGUGGAUUCUGAGCAUAUUUUAGUGUCAGUUUUUCAAAUUAUUUUACAUUAUCAUGAAAAGAAAAAAAAAAUGUUGACAUCAUACUUAGGUUUAAGGAAUGAGAAAACUACAUGCUGGAAUCAAAUCCUAGAACUGGGAAUAUUGAGCGAAAAAAAAAAAGGGGGGGGUGAGUCAUUAACAAAAGGUUUCAUAGCUGCAGUUCUGGGUAUUUUUGCAUUUUCCAAUGACUAUUUAUAAAAUGUUAUCCACAAUAUCAUUACCAAAACUAAACAUAUUCCUUGUUGACUAUGACAAAUUAUCUUACGGUCCGAAGAGGUACAUGUUUCUUCUUUGCUUUCUAGGGAAAGAAAAAGGAGCAUGGGAAUGUUCUGGAACUGAUGAAGGAAUAUGGAAGGGAACAGAAGGAAAGUGGAGGAAGUACGGCAUCGUCUACUGAUGGAGAGAGCCUCAAAUCAAGUGCAAUAAAUGGAUUGAGUCAAAAGUCUGAUCCUUCACCUGUUGUAACAACCAAGGUGUGUAGUUGUCAUUAUAAUAUUCUAACAACCAAGGUGUGUAGUUGUCAAUAUUAUAGUCUAACUUAUAAGUCAUUAGUCAUUUGCAGUCUUUAGUUUUAUAAUUAUUAGCAUGUAUGUUGAUAAUCAACUUACUUUUCCCUGGCAAUAGCUUACGUACUAUAUGCAUGGUAUAUGCAUGGUACAUGCUUACUGUACACUCCAUAUAUUUUAUGUCAUUUUUACAGAGAGAACCAAGAACAGGUUCAGGUAACAAGAAGCCAUCUUCUGGUGAUCAAAGGAAAUCAGUCACCUCUACUGUAUCCAGUGCCAAUGUGAGUUCCUUCACUUCAUUUUAAGACUAUCUUUCAUAAUAAUGUAGUAGUUGAUUGAUGUUGUUUAGAUAAAAUAUUUAUUACUAUAAACAAACGAAGUAGCUAUUCGUACCCGGGUACCAGAAGUGAGAGGUUGGGAUUAAAAAACUAUUUAAAAUAUUAUUGUUGGUUUUGUAAGAAAAAAUGAGGUAUCAAAUGAAAGAUAAUUGAAUGUACUAAAUGUGUGUACACUUACUUCUUUAGUUUAACUACCACAAAUGACAUCUGAAUGGCAUUUAGUCAAAAUGGCCCCGGACACGCAGCGCCGCCAUUCGCACCCGGGUCCCAUUAGACAAUAUUUUUAACACCCAUUUGCCACAAACAGAUUUUUAUUUGUUUUUGUGGCCAAAGUGUGCCAAUGAGCUGAAUAGGAUCGACCACAUCACUAAAUGAUAUUGCUAUGUAACAAAACAUUUUUAAUCAAUGCUUGUUUUAUUAAACAUCCUCAACUACUACAGACAAAGCUUAAAGUGACUGGUUCCCCGUUUGGCUCUCCAACAAUCCGUCCUGCCAACAAAACUCCAAGGUCAGUCAUGGAACCAUCCAACAAGCUGAAAACCAUGAGUACCAGCACUGCAAGUAAUAAAACAAGUGUGUCAAAUGGACCGCCCAAGAAAACUCCAUCAGACGCAACCUCAAGAACUGCCUUAACACUCAAAACCAAGAAAAAAUGACAGUUGCUAUUUUUUUGUUACAAAAUCAAAUUGCAAUGCAUUAUAUUUUUUUAAAUUUUAUUUUUUAUUUUUUUUUUUAAAUGAAGAAGAAAAAAGAAAGGAACUUAAGAAUGAUAUCUCUGUUAUUAGUUAAUGUUGUUUAGUUGUUUUUGUUGAACCAAAUGGUUAGAGAGUCCAUAAAUUAACAUAUGUUUCAAACUGUGGUUUUUAUUGCUUAUCAAUGUCUUCUUUAAUAAAUGCUUUGAGUCAUGUUUGAUUUUUUUUUCUUUUAGCUGAUGCUGAAAUGUCCUAUUGUUGUAGGCAUUCAAGUGGGCACAUUCAAUAAACUGAUAGAAAGUUUCAUUUAGGUGCUAAGUUUGCAAAAGAAGUACUUCAAAAAGAUUCAGAGGUCUAGCUGAAGAACACUGUGAUAAUUGUUUUAACUAGUUUUCUUUAGUUUGGGUAAUGAAGGUUUUGUUUACCAUACUUCUACGCAUACAGUACAUAUGCACCAGUGUAAAUCAAUGUUUUAAAUCAUUUAGAUAACAAUGUUUAUUCAUUAAAUUUUCACUGCAGUUUAAGAAAUGUCACUACAUCCAAACUCCAACUUUCUAGAAAAGAAAUUUGAUUGUGGAUUUUGAGAUGUGCUGAAAUAUUUCAAAUAGCUGAAAAUGGUAAAUGGAGGCUUGAAAUAGAAAAACAGGACGAAUGAAGAAAGCUGAUGAAGGCUCUUAGCUAAAACAUUCUUCUUAGAGUUUCAUGUCUUUCUAUUUCAAGCUUUUGUGUUCCUUUUUCUGCUAUUUCCUUCACACAGCUUGAAGCCAGUCUUUCAUUUAUUAAAAUAUUUCAACAUAUAGUUAAGAUAUAAUACAGGAACUUUUUUUUGCCAGUUCUUUUGGGUGUAGAUUUUUUGUAGAUAAUGUCAUCUAUCUGCUCCUCCUGCUAUUAUAUUUAAGUAAUUGUAACUGAAAAUUUUAAAAAUUUAGUAUUUAAAAAAAACAGAUGCAAUAAUAGUCUAUAGAUUACAUCGACCUUUUGACUUUUUGUGAUACGUGAAAAAAAUCAAACUCACUUGUGACUUUUAGUAUUGUCUCCUGUUGAACGUUGUUUUUAAUUUCAAUGGAAUUAACACACUAAACUUGCUUGGUAGUCAGCACAGUUAGUUUCUUUGAUAAAGCAACAUAUUUUUUUUUUUAGGAACAUAGUUAUCGGUAACAAAAUUUGUUGCUUUUAAUGUGUGCAGAGUCUUCUUGUACUGUUUACAUCACAGCUAGUAGGCUGAAGAAGGAAAAUGUGUAUGAAAAGAGCUUUCAGGCUAUGGUACUAAUUAUGUUCAAUGUUUUAUCUGUCAACAAUUCCUGCUUUCCUGUUUUAAAAACCUUCUUUUGACCAAAAAUGUAAUGUUUGCAGCACAUCUCCUAGAGCUUAGUUUAGUUUAUAGCACUUUGGGUUUAUAGUCUUAAAAAACUGUUUAUUCCAUAUUAUAUGUGUCAUAUUUAACAAAUUAAGAACAGUUUGAAACUGAAUAACAUUGUCCUACAUCAGAGGCUGUUAAACUUUAUAAAAUCUGAAGACUCAAUAUUAUUCUUUUAAUGAAAAGUGACUAUAAAAUAAAUAUUCUUGCUUCCUUGACCAUUGACAACAGGUAAAUCUCUUUUAGUUUUGUCAUGCAGGCCAUCUGUGUUGAUAUCAUGCUAUUUCCAGAACUUAUGGUACAUUUCUUUUUUUAGAAAAGAACUUGGUAACAAUGUUAGAUUUACCAAUUUUAGAAAUACGGUCAUGAAUUUUUUUUUCAUAUAUCUGUUAUAUUUCUAAUGAUUAAAAAACAUGAUAAUGGGCUCACAUCUAUGAUUAACAGUUACAAAUUUUAUGAUUUUUUUUUUGUAUUGAAUGCAGCUUGUAAAAUAAUCUGCUGGAGUGUUGAGCUUUGAGAAGAUCACACUCAAAUUGUUUUGUUCCCUUGUGAUAUUUCUAAAUAUUACCUAUGUAAUGUAUGGAGCCAUUUUUAGAAAUUCCUGCUGUCAAAUGAGUGUUAUUUGCCAAAACUACACUGUAAAUAGAUAAAUAUAUAUAUAUAUAUAUAAAAAUAUAACAUGUUUUGAAAAAAGUAUCUAAUAUAUUUUUUGGCACUCAUUACAUCAACAACUGCUGAUUACUGUGAAUUAACCCCAAGUCUCAAAUCAGCAAAGUAAGCCCAUGCCCACCAGCUCUAUCUCUUUCUAGUAACCCAGUUGUCUCGUUUCAUUUUAAGUUAGCUUACAACCAAAAUUAAAGCAACUGACUGAGUCUUUUCUUAGGAUGUUGAAAGGAUGUUAAUAUUUUGAAAUUCCCUUCAUUUAGAUACAGCUGCCAGGUUUUAGAACUGGUCUGUGGGCGAAUUGUUAUGGUUUAGGACUUCUGUGUUUGACAAUGUGAUUUGUGUUUUCACCAUUGAUAGUAAUUGAAAAUCUCUUCAUAUAUUUAUUAAAGACAAACGGUUGAGGUGCUUAAAAUCCCAAAGUAUCUUUAUUUUUUAUUUAAAUAGCUAUACACAUUUUUUAUUUUUAAAAAAGAAGAAAGAAAAAAGUGCACUCUUGAACCUUGUGAUAAUUAAACAGAAAAUGUUUGUUUUUUUUAAAUAAAAUUGCAAUCAGAAUUUCCUGUGCCAGGUGGGCUAAUUAAACCAUCUUUAGCAAACUAAUGCAUUCCAUAAAUUAUCUUUUCUUUUCAUCAGCCAAAAUGUUGGGUUUGAUCAAUAAUGUAAUACAUAAAAUCAAUGUUUGAUUUUAAAAGUUUGUAGACCUUAGCUUAAGAUAUAUAAAUUUAAAAAAAUAUUUUUUGUAUUUCAUCCAAAUAUUAAAACCACAAAUAUAUUUAACAUGAAUUAUUAAAUUAUGAUUUUGUAACCUGCUGUGAAGCUUUCAGUAAAUGCAUUUUCACUGCUGGUGACACUUAACAUGUGACAAAGUGCCACUUGCAAAGUCGUCACAGUAAUUGAAUAUGUGGGACAAAAUGCCACUUGUACAGUUGUCACAGUAAAUGAGUGUGUGGGACAAAGUCAUCACAGU